CGUCAAUUCACCAGGGCAGGUCAAAAAAUGCUUCUUUUGCGCUUUGGAGAUAUUUGCGACCUUGAAUACAGCCCACUGAGCAGACUUCAACAUCCAAACUAACGCUGUUAAUAUACAACUGUUUCAUCUCAGGUGCAACCAUGGAAGUCCUACGAGAACCUCCCAAGACCACCUCUUUCGUCUCCCUUGCCGAACACCAAUCUAGAACGCCCGCUUCAUUCUACGAAGGCCCUCCAGUCCUGCACUACUACAGCGACCGCAGCAAAUUGAUCAUUCUCGAAUCCGAAAUCGACUCGGCCGCUGCGUUUGCGCCUCUCCUCGAAAAGGCGACGUCCCAGUCACAAGCCAAUGGGUCAGAAACCAAUGGAGACAGCGAAGCGCAUCGCAAAGGGAAGGUUGUCGAGGACAUCGAUGUAUGGGUGACCUCAGACAAACUUUUCCUCUUUUCAGAUGCCGCCUCCGCAGGCAUCGCUGUACCCUACCCAUCCAUAUCCCUACACGCGAUCCAGUCUCUUCCACAGCCCUCUGUCGGCGAGCAACAAGGCCUGUACAUGCAGCUUAUCACAUCAACAGACGCUCCGCAGGAUGAAGACAUAGAACCCGAGUCCAUAUCCGUCACAAUCAUCCCGACUGCAUCAGCACCACCGGAGACUGCGAACGAGAACGAUACAGCGGAAGACAAGCCAGAGCAGACGCCCGUCCAGGCCAUGUUCACUGCCCUCUCAAAUUGCUCGAAUCUGCAUCCCGACCCUAUCGAUCCAGGUGACGAGGAGGACGGCGGUGCAAGUAGGUUGUUUCAAUCCGGUCUCGCAUUCCCAGGUGCUUCCGACGGGGGCCUACCGCCCGCCAUGCCUGGAAGCGGUGGAUGGAUAACAGCUGAGAACAUGCAUGAGUUUGUCGAUGAGAAUGGGAACUUUAUUGACAACGAGGAAGAAGAAGAAGGCGGUCAAGACGAAAGCGAAAACUUAGGACCUGGAGCUGGUACAGUCCGACCCAGAGAAGAUGAGCAUGAGGAUGGUAACGGAGGCGACCUAUCGGAGGACACAAAGUGGCAGAGAACAUCGUGAUAUGAACCAUAUGCCGACAUUGGACAGAUCCAAUUCGGACGUUG